UGUGAUCAAUUAGGCCUCGCCUUGUCUGCUAAGCAUCUCGCCCUCUGCACUCGAGCUCCCGAUGCCAAUAUCCGUAGUCGACCAUCCAUCAUGACAGAUCCCCAGCCCAGCGCGAGCGACGGUCGCCGGCCCGACCCUGUCAUCGUCAACUUGACACGUCAAAGAGCCCCCGAAAAAGCUCAUGCGCCCUCCGAGGCAGCGCAGCGCUCGCCCGAGAACAGCAGGAAUGGCGUGACACGCACGGAUGAUAGGGAGGAAGAGGGUGAAGGAGAGGGGAGUGGGGGCGCACGGGCGGUCAAGCAUAGUGUUGACGGCGAAGAGGAGGAGAAGGAGGUCAGCGAUGAUUGGGGCGAAGGCGAAGACAAGGAAGAAGAAGAGGACGAGAGCGAAGACGAGGAAGAAGAAGACGACGACGACGACGACGAGCCGAAGCUGAAGUACGCACGUCUUACCCAGCACUUGACCGCCGUCUAUAGGAAUGGCGACGCUACCAGCGCCUUCCUCGUUGCCGGGGAUAAGAUGAUAGUCGGAACACAUAAUGGAAAUAUUCAUGUCAUCCAACUACCCGAUUUCCAAUCCUUACGCGUCUACCACGCUCACUCAGCCUCGGUGACCAAUAUCUCCAUAUCUCCCUAUCCGCCGCCCUCUUUCGCGCCAGCGCCCAAACCCGAUGCCGUCAACAGGGUGGUGUCGCAGGCCGCAAACCGCCCAUCCUCUAGGCAAUCGCAGACCUCCCCUGCCGGCCAACGCAGGACGCGUGAACUGCCCCAGGUUCCCAACAUACCUUCCAAUAAUAUUUUCAUCGGAACCUCCUCUACCGACGGAAACGUCUGCGUCCAGUCUCUUACCGAACUCAGAGAUGUCCAGCUUAGGAAUUUUGCGCGGCCGAUCCAAGCCGUAGCACUAUCGCCAGAGUACAGAAACGACAGGACGUACAUAUCCGGAGGCCUAGCUGGCAACCUGGUGCUCACCAUCGGUGCCCCGCAGGGGCGGAGCACGUCCUCAACCACGGGGACCGCCGCGGCGGCAGCAUCGGGCUGGCUUGGUAGUAUCGGCAUAGGGGCGAACACUGGUAGGGAUACAGUGCUUCACUCUGGGGAAGGGAGCAUCAGCACGAUAAAAUGGUCCCUAUCGGGAAAAUAUAUCGCCUGGCUUAACGAACACGGUAUUAAGAUCAUGCGGUCGAAACUGCACCUCGACGCUGCCGACAUCGAAGAUGCCUGGAAGCGAAUAGGCCAUAUCGAUAGGCCGCAGACGACCGAGUGGGAAGAGAUGGCUAGCGUCUGGAAGGGCAGAGCUGAAUGGGUCGACGACCAAGCAAUCGGGGACGAAGAUGAAGAGACCAAGGAGAACGGCACGCUAGGGGUGUUAUCACCCGCUGCUGCUAAACUAAGUCAACAGGCGCAGAAGCACGAUAAAACUAUCGAGCGAUUAAUAGUCGGGUGGGGCGGUACGAUCUGGAUCAUACAUGUCCAUCCGGGAGGUAUCGGGGUGGGGAGAAACGCUGGCGAGAAAUCCAUCGGGAGAGCUGAGAUCAUUAAGAUACUUCGCAUGGACUGCAUUAUAUCUGGUAUUUCUCUGUAUACCCAAACGCUACUGCUAGUUCUCGCUUACUGCAAAUCGGACACACAAGGAGAAGAGCGCGACGAAGAGCCUAGAAUUACUCGAGGACACAGGCGGUCAAGCAGUAGCGGACCAUCCGGCGGGAUCAAACGUCGCCAUAAUGCCCAAGCCCCCGAAUUGAGGCUCAUUGAUCUCACAUCUCAGGUUGAAGUCGACAAGGACAGUCUCACAGUCAGCCGAUUCGAGCGGCUGGCCUCUAAUGAUUACCAUUUAGGGGUGCUGCCUGCCAACAGGGCAGCCUCCGCCGUGGCGUCUCGAGGGACUCUAGAGGCCCUAGCAGGUUUCGGGACGGAUAUGUGGAACGCGGCCAUCAAUCCGAAGUCCCUAUUCAGCUCCGGCGCCAGCGUCAGAAGCAGGGGUAGUAGCGACGCCGCGCUAAGUCCUAGGUCAGGCAACUUCUCGGGAAGCACCCGAGUCGGUCCCCGACCAGCAUCUCGGACGGUGCAUCCAAACCUCAUCAAGCCGGGAGCAAAAAUCUUUAUUCAUAGCCCGUAUGACUGUAUUCUCGGGACGAAAAGAGAUCUCGGCGAUCACUUGGCUUGGCUGUUGGACCACGAAAGAUAUCAGGAUGCUUGGGAAUUGCUAGACGACCACCCAGAGAUUAUGAGUCCGCUUUCGGAGAAGUUACCCGACCCUACUUCGCCCACACACGAGUUAGACGGGGACGAGUUCUACGAGGACUCAUAUUCCGUGAUUGAUGAACAGGUCAGGCUAGCAAAUACAUCCGCGGAAAAGGAGAAACGACGAAUUGGCGAGCUUUGGGUCCAAGAGCUAGCCGAGGAGGGGAACUGGGCCCGCGCCGCCCAGGUCAUAGCUAAAGUGGUCAAUACGGCUGACCGAUGGGAGAGCUGGAUCUACACGUUUGCGGGAGCGAAUAAAUUCGACGAGUUGGUGGAAUACAUACCGUCGAAACCGAUGCAUCCGCCGAUUCCGGGGACGGUGUACGAAAUCGUUCUGGGACACUACAUCCAAACCGACAAGCCUCGGUUCAAGGAAAUUCUCGAUCGGUGGGAGCCCGAACUUUACGGCGUUAACGAGGUUACCACUGCCUUAGAAAACCAGCUUAAAUUUCGCGACGUAAGGGAGGACACCAUCGAGGACGGCGAUAAAGGACGCGAUUGGCGAAUCGUAACAGAGAGCUUGGCCAGGCUUCAGGAGUUAAACGGACGCCACCGCGAAGCCUUGAAAUGCUACAUCAAGCUACAGGAUGCUGACUCGGUGAUGCGGCUGAUAAGAGACAAUCACCUUGCCGACGCGGUUACUGACGACGUUCCCAGCUUUAUUGCGCUUCGAGUGCCGGAAGCAGAAUUAAAUCGGAUGAGUAUCUCGGAGCUCGAAGAGGCUACUGCGGAAGCCAUCACGCUACUCGUGGACGAAGCACAACGGGGGCUCAUCAGGCCUUAUCUCGUAGUCCAGCAACUCGAGCAAAACGGGUUGAACCUGUACCUCUAUUUCUACUUCCGCGGUCUGUGGCGGGAAUACCGAGAACGACCUAUUGACGAGUCCAUAUCCCUAGUAGACGAUUUCGCCGACUUGGCCGUCCAUAUCUUCGCCCUCUUCGACCGCGACCUUCUUAUCGACUUCCUAAAGGUCUCUACAUCGUACAUUAUAGAGAAGGCGGCCCAGGAGUGCGAGCAGGCAAAUUUCAUCCCCGAACUUGUCUAUCUAUACUCCAAAACGGGAGACGUGAAACGCGCAUUGUAUCUUAUUAUCGACCGCUUGGGCGACGUUUCCCAGGCUAUCGGUUUCGCAAAGGAACAAGACGACCCAGAUUUAUGGGAGGACCUCCUCGACUACAGCAUGGACAAACCGCGAUUUAUCCGUGCCCUACUUGAAGAGGUGGGCACAUCGAUUAAUCCGAUUACUUUAGUCCGACGCAUCCCCGAGGGACUCGAGAUCCCAGGCCUUCGUGAAGGUCUAAAGCACAUCAUGAAGGAACACGAGAUCCAGUACAGCAUUUCGUCCGGGGUAGCUCGCGUUCUCAGAUCCGAAGUUUCAGCGGCACAGAGCCAGCUCCGGAACGGACAGAGGAGGGGCAUAAAAUUCGAAGUGUUGGCCCCGACACACGACCAUGUUGGUGCGGAAGCCAAGGAGGGACUAGCCACGGCGGCUGCGAAGUCAUCGUCGCCGACCGCAACACCCCACACGGACGGGACCGGUACCCCCAGAGAGACGCAGGAUAUUCCCCCCCCGGCAGACAGCCACGCCAACGACCAACAGCCUGAACACGACCACCGAGAGGCGAAGCCGGGUUAUUGCGCAAGAUGCCACGAGCCCUUCGCAGAGUGGGAGAUGGAAACACUAGUAGGAUUCGCAUGCGGGCACGUCUUCCACAUCACUCAUCUUCUAGAAUAUCUCCACCCUGAUCAGCCAGUCGACCCCAGUAUAGUAGGAAGUGGUGACGAAGACCGAACGAGGGGGGGCAGAUUCGUGGGUAGCAAAGUAACGCACGCACGUCUGCUCCGAGAUCGCGUCGAAGGCGGCUGCCCCGUCUGUAGGAGCCAGAUAGAACUUGUCAAAGGAGGUCACUGGUAGUUUUUUCCUUGAGGCCGUACAGUAAUACGGUUUCCGCCGAUGAUGCAUUGUAAGGAGUUUGGAGCGCAUACCAUCACCCGAAGGGAAUUUGUCGAGCGGUAGACGCCUUGUUUAUAAGCUUACUUUCUCAGGAUCGAGUCGAUACCGAGGCCCCUUAGAUUCUAUUGCCCAUCCUACGAAUCUUCUUUUCCUUUCCCCUUUUUCUUUCUUUUACGCUGUUAGUAGCAUGAGGACUAGAUCGAUACCGAGUCCCGUCAGGGCCAGGCCCCUGGGCGGAAUCUAAUACCCAUCCAGUGCCAGGGAUGCCGUUUCAAAAGGGGCAUUAUGCACCUAUCGAAUUAUCACAACAUACCGGGAACAU